AAAACUCAUUUAUGUGGCCCUUGCCCGUCCUUGACUUUUCGUGGGAGCAUUAUACCGUUGGACAGCUAAAUACCAAAAGUACCGAGGUCCAUGCACUGGUCCGACCCCAGAUUUGCUACAGAAAUACCUGCGAGCUUGCCGCGGAUUUCCGAACCCCGAAGGAGUAGAAACAGCUUGGGGGGGGAUCCUUUCGCACACCGAUGACCCCUAAUAUGAAUGAAACCAACCGUAUCAUGAGCAAAUUGAAAACUUAUCUUUUUUGAUACUAUAUCAUAAUGAAAUAGCAAUCCUUUGAAAAUAUCUCUCAAACGUUCUUCCCAUCGUGUUUGAGAAUCACUACUGCAAUGCAACCUCCGCAUGAGCUCGGAGCUGCUUCAGCAGCCCGGCUAGAAGAACAACAGACGCAUGCCCCACCACCACGAGAAUUAUGGAGACAUUCUUGCCCCGAAAAGACCUCUCUUUAUGAAUUCAAGCGCAAGAUUGAAGAAAAAUACGAUGUCCUACUCCCUUCAUAUCGUGAUCUACAUAAAUGGAGCAUCAAUAACCUAGCAUUCUUCUGGGCCGAAGUGUGGGACUAUACGGGAAUUCGGUCCUCACAAUCUUACAGCAAUGUCCUAGAUGAAGAUGCACCCAUGUUCCCGCCCCCGCCAUUUUUCGCCGGAGCUCGGCUGAACUUUGCAGAAAACUUGCUGUACCCCAAAUACCCAAUCGAUGAAGACUCCAUUGCGAUAGUCGCCGCCACCGAGGAAUCCCGGGAGGAAGUAACCUGGAAACAACUGCGGGAGCGGGUGGCGCAAUGCGCGGCGGUGAUGCGCAGCGUAGGCAUUCGACCUGGAGACAGGGUAGCAGGAUGCCUAGCCAACCACACAAACGCGGUGGUUGCCAUGCUGGGAGCCACGGCCGUUGGGGCCAUCUGGACGGGCGUCUCGCCAGAUACGGGCGUGCAUGCGAUUCUGGAACGGCUCCGGCAGAUCAAACCCGCAAUAUUAUUUGCAGACAAUGCCGUGAUUUACAAUGGCAAAGUGCAUGACGUGCUAGACAAGGUACAGCGGGUUGUGGAAGAACUUCCCAACUUGACAACGGCCGUCAUUAUCAAAACUGUAUCAAGUCACCCGAUAGACUUGGAGCGGGUAAAGCCCGUUAGCAGCAACGGCAAAGCAUACACAUUGGACGACUUUCUUGCAUCGGCUUCAGAAAAAGGCGAAGACAAGACCCCUCAUUUUGAGCAACUGGAUCCAAAUCACCCCGUGUAUAUACUAUAUUCAUCCGGAACAACAGGGCAACCGAAAUGCAUUGUGCACGGGGCAAUCGGGACCAUAAUCCAGCACAAAAAAGAGCACGCUAUCCACUGCGACAUCAAGCCCGGCGACAAGCUCUUCUACUUUACGACAUGCACAUGGAUGAUGUGGCACUGGCUCAUCUCCGCGCUGGGCAGCGGGGCGACCAUUGUGCUGUACGACGGGUCCCCCUUCCGGCCGCUGGACAAGCAAGGCAGCGGCGAAAUGGCCAUGCCGCGACUAAUUGAAGAACUAGGAAUCACGCAUUUUGGCACGUCGGCCAAAUACCUCUCCAUGCUCGAGCAAAAGCAGAUACUGCCCAAGGCGGCGCAAGUGCCCAUGCGCCAGCUUCGCGCAAUUUACAGCACAGGCAGUCCCCUCGCUCCGUCGACGUUUGAAUACGUGUAUCGUGCAUUUGGGCCGGACAUCAACCUGGGCUCUAUCACCGGAGGCACGGACAUUAUUUCCCUGUUCGGCGCCCCCUCGUCGCUGAAUCCAGUAUACGCAGGCGAAAUCCAAGUGAUAGGGCUCGGAAUGGCCGUUGAAGCCUGGGAUUAUCAGGGCCAAAACGUCUCGCAGACGGGCGAGCCUGGCGAUCUCGUAUGCACUCGCCCUUUCCCCUGUCAACCUGUCCAAUUCUGGGGUCCCCAGGGCGCGGACCUCUACCGACGGAGUUAUUUUGAGCACUUUUCGGGCUUAGCUCGAGCGGGAAAAGAAGACUGGCCGAUAUGGCACCACGGGGACUUUAUCCGCAUCGACCCCGCAACAGGCGGGUUGAUUAUGCUUGGCCGCAGUGAUGGCAUUCUCAAGCCCGCGGGGGUCCGGUUUGGCAGCGCAGAGCUGUAUAAUCUUGUCCUCCAACAUUUCCCGCUCCAGGUCGCCGAUGCGCUGUGCAUUGGCCGCCGACGCGAGACGGACACCGAUGAGACGGUGGUCAUGUUUUUGAAAAUGGUCGACGGACAGACAUUCAGCAGGGAUUUGGAAAAGCAGAUUAAAGAUGUGAUUAGAAGGGAGCUGAGCGCCAGACAUGUGCCCGCUGUCGUGGAUGAAUGUGAAGAGAUUCCAGUCACCACGAAUGGGAAAAAGGUCGAAGUAGCAGUUAAGCAGAUUUUAUGCGGCAUGAACGUCAAGACGUCCGCCUCUGUCGCAAACGCAGAGUGUCUGGACUGGUAUCGACAGUGGACAGCUGAUCAUCCGUAGAGAUUAGAUCAAGUGUACUUUUGUACAGAAGUAGCAGCACCUCUAAUGCAUUUGCAUAAGCAUCUCUGUCAUAACUUAGCUCAAGCGUCUGUUUUUUAGUCAGCAUGCUGCUUCAGUUUGCGAAUCACAAAGCACAACCCCUAUUCCCGAAAAGCAGGAAAGGACGCGAAAUUGGGACACAUAGUAUAUCAGGAAUCAUAUUUUUGGACAUUUGAACGAAAGAAAUGGUCUUGUAGUAUGGCGUAGCUAAGUCGUAGACCAAGAUUAAAAGUAUAUAAACUUGAAAAAGAAAAGAAAAGAAAUAAUGUGGGGA